GAGCGUCAUGUGUUACUAUGGUAACGACGACUCUUGUCACCUAAUUCUACGACGACACCAUUCUGUGCAUCACUAGGGUCAUCAUCUGGACCACAAAACUUAUUUGCGAUGAAGGAGGAGAAGCCAACGAUGUCGAGGAAGAAGGCGGAGGCGCAGCAGCUUCAGAUCGAGAUCCGCGGGAACGAGGACUGGCAGAAUGUCUCCCAGAGGUCCGGCCUGCUGGUUGUGGACGUAUACUCCGAGUGGUGUGGCCCCUGCAGCAGCAUGACAGGUCACUUGAGAAGGAUCAAACUGGAACUAGGCGACGAGUAUCUCACUCUGGCGACGGCCAACGCCGACGCCAUCGACGAGUUGCAUAAGUUUCGAGGGAAACCUGAGCCUACCUGGCUGUUUUUUGGGUCAGGCAAACCUCUGACCGCCAUCCACGGCGCAGAUGGUCCCCAGCUGUUGAACACCAUCAGGAGGCUCCUGAAGGUCGAGGUUGCUGCUUUGAAGGGGCAGGCUGAGCGAGAAGUGGUGCUGCUGGAAUCCCUCAUCAAGCCCAUUGAGAUUCUGGAACCAGACGAAGAUCUCGACGACGUGGAAGGACAAAUGAACAUGGACGACAGUGAAGCCUCCGACGCUGGGCCAGGCGAACUCCAACAGGGCGUCCUCUUCAUCAUCCCACAGAUAGUGGCCGAGGAGAAAACGGAAACGUUCCUCUCCAACAUUGUUGGAGCAGGUUUCAUGAUUAUUGGCCACGUUCAGGAGGAAUAUACGCGAGACGAACUGCACGACUUGCUUUUCCCUCCUGAACCCGAGGAAGAGGAGGGCGAAGGGGAGGGGGAAGAAGGGGAAGGAGAGGGAGGAGAGAACCAGGAUAAAGGGGAAGGGGAGGCCCCUCCUGAACAAGAGGCCGAAGAGGAAAAGGCAAAAGAGGGAGCCGAGGGAGAAGAAACUGAGGAAGAGAAAGACCAGGCGGUUGAGGAAGACACCGAAGAAGAUCUCCUAUACUGGGAGGAGCAGCUGGGAGAUGGGCCUUUGUAUAUCAUUCUGCUGAAGGUUGAGGAAGGGUGCGUGGUCACUGCUUGGCAGCAAGUGCUAGGUCCGCCUGAUCUCGAGAAGGCUCGCGAGGAGGAACCAAACAGUCUGGUGGCCGCGUUCGGCGAGGAGGAGCGCGUCAUCCCGGCCUGGCUGCCCAAAGGGCGCGAACUGCAGGAGCGCCUGACGAACAAGUUCUUCCCUCCCCCACCCGACGCCUCUGUGCCGAGGCUCCUUAUCAUUCCGGACUGCGAGCACCAGCCGGUCCUUGAGAAGAUUGGCGUAGGCGGAAUUCGGGUGUUGGCCCACACCCAAGCCACCUUGCAGCAGGAAUCCAUCAGCAGCGUUCCGAGUCUCGCUGCGUCCCAGAAACUGGUCGCGGCUGUCGGGUCAGUCGUGCUGGCAGCCGUGGUCAUGGGAGAGAACACUGAGGACUGCGUAGCAGAGCUGAACCCACUCCACUUGACCCAAGAUGCCAUGAGCGCACAGGGUGAGGUGGAGCUCUUCUUCCCCGAUCUGCUGGUCGAGCAGGAAGACGGCGACGAGCCCCAGACGCAGAUGCAAAUCGAGCAGAGCAAGGAAUCGGAGGGGAAGUGAGGGGGCAAAUGGCUCUCCUUCGACGGGACGUCUGCAUGUGAGAGUUGCGUUGCUGACAGGUAAAGGUCUGGAACAUUUCUGGAUGUCUGGAUCGACGAUUGGAAAGUUUGUGGUUCCAUGGUGUCCAGGUGUACUUUUGCUAGUUUUCCUUCUUGUGAACCGAAUGUUUUAUUGACGAAGAGUGAAGGGAUAGGGUGUUUGAAUGUUUUAUUGACGAAGAAUAUAGGGAUAGGCUGUUUAAGACACCUAAUGGUCAAAAUCAAUCGUAAACCUUUCUUGAAAAAAACAAAAAACAAAAUCUGGAUACGAUAGGAAAGUUUCGCGUUCCAUGAUGUCCAAUUGAUAUACUGUCAUUAGAUUAAUAUUACGAAUCGAAUUUUUUAUUGACGAUGAACGUAUGGAUAGUCUGUUCAAGACACGUAAUGGCCAAAAUCGAUCGUAAGCUUUUCGUGUUCAAUGACUCCGAUGAAGACUUCGACAAAAGAGCUUUUAGACACGUGAAACUAAGGCCCCGUCCACACUCCCGAGCUUUACUCAACGAACU